UGUUAUCGCAGAACCCUUAAACCUUAUCUCUUCAGUCUUCACCACCAGCUUCUCAGAGCUUUAGCCUCGAGAGCAAAUUCUCUCAAGCUUUAGCCAUGUCUGCCUCUGCUUCUUCCCUCUCUGCUUUCAACCCUAAAUCCCUUCCUCUCUGCGUCUCCAGGCCAGCUUCCGUCUCCGUCUUACCUCCUUCCCUCUCCUUCAAACUUCACUCCGACCAUAUCGUCUCUCUCUUCGCUUCCUCCGCCGUGAAAUGCUCAUCUCCCGCGGAGUAUCCGUUGCGUUUUGUUAGAAACGUUGCUGUAUCUUCGGAUUUUGAGGUGGAGGAAGAUGAUAUGUUCGCUGACGGUGACGAUUCAGCGCCUGUGGAGCGUAACUCUUUCUCUCCUGACCUUAAGCUCUUUGUUGGUAACCUUUCCUUUAACGUAGAUAGCGCUCAGCUUGCUCAGCUCUUUGAGAGCGCCGGAAAUGUUGAGAUGGUUGAGGUAAUCUAUGACAAAGUGACUGGCCGGAGCAGAGGUUUCGGAUUUGUGACAAUGUCCACCGCAGCGGAAGUUGAAGCAGCAGCUCAACAGUUCAAUGGCUAUGAAUUUGAAGGCAGACCUUUGAGAGUCAAUGCUGGCCCUCCUCCACCUAAAAGAGAGGAAUCCUUCUCCAGAGGACCAAGAAGUGGUGGUUACGGUUCUGAACGUGGUGGAGGUUACGGUUCUGAGCGUGGUGGUGGUUACGGUUCUGAGCGUGGUGGUGGUUAUGGUUCAGAGCGUGGUGGUGGAUACGGGUCUCAGCGUAGUGGUGGUUACGGAGGGUCUCAACGUUCCAGUUAUGGUUCGGGGUCAGGUUCGGGCUCAGGUUCAGGAAACCGUCUCUACGUGGGCAACCUUUCUUGGGGUGUUGAUGACAUGGCCCUUGAGAACUUGUUUAAUGAGCAAGGAAAGGUAGUUGAAGCCAGGGUUAUCUACGACAGGGACAGCGGUAGAUCCAAGGGUUUUGGGUUUGUGACACUCAGUUCUUCUCAAGAGGUUCAAAAGGCCAUCAAUUCCUUGAAUGGUGCUGAUUUGGAUGGAAGACAAAUAAGAGUCUCUGAGGCUGAGGCUAGGCCACCAAGAGGCCAAUUUUGAGCGGCCACGCCACUUUAAGUUCUCAAAAAAUGCAGAUUCUGGAGGGUUCUUUGAAGCAUAUGGGGUUAGUGGACAAUGGCGGUUUCAGACAGUAACUAAAACUCACUGCUGGUGCACGCUAGGCUUUAUCCGCCUUUGAUGCAUGAAGGUCGUAAAGGAAUGGUCUUUUUUUGAGAAAGAUAACAAUUAGAUUAAAGCAGAGAACCCAUGUUUCUUGUCUAUUUGAAUCCUGCGAGAUUGGUUGUAGUUGGAUUUGCAUUUUCUUCUUGUCUUUUUUUUUGUUGGUAUUUUGACACAAUUUGGCUUUUUGGCAUAUGAGAGUGACUGUAGCAGUCUGUUUUUAUUUAAUGGUUUGAUCUUUUAUGUUCUAAAA